AUGACAAGUCUCGGCACCGGCAUGCCGGCGGCUGCCUCGACCAACCAACCUAUAGGUGGAAAUCUGUUCACGCUAGUUGCGCGAAACACGAAAGCCCUGCAGAUCCUCAACCUGCCAGCCAACAAGCAGCACAUGGAGGAUAGAAAAGCCCCGGAUGACGGAAAAGAGAUUCACAGCUUCCCGGUGGACGGCAGAAGGGAUGCCACAAGAAAGGACAGCUGUUGUCAUUUGGUCGGAGCCUUGACAAUGACAUCGUCCUCCCGCUCGUCCUCCCGCUGGACAAUCCGGAUUACGCCGAUCACCAUUGCUUCUGAAAGAGUCUUUGGCUGGGAGAAGGGCGGGGUACUUGGAGAUCUCAAGCUCAUUUCCCGCAUGUAUGACGGAGACCUGUCCCAGCUCGUCCCUCGUCGCGAUUUGCACGACCAGGUUCUUGGUGACAAGUGCGCGAAACCGGUGGUUUAUUCAUAUGACUGGAUGGAGCGCCUGGUCGAGCACCUGCUAGCCGGUCUAACGUAUUUGCAGGAUCAGAAGGUCGUCCAUUAUGACCUCAAGAUUCCGAACAUCUUUUUCAUGUUCAGCCCGUUGCCAGACCAUCCCCGGAUCCCCAACUACUGGCCGGGAGAUGGUAAACCGACGCGGGAGAGGGGCACCGAGAACACCGAUCUCUACAUCCUAGCAAUUUUUUUGGCCCGGGUGGAGGGGCUGGACGGGGACUCUAACAAGGACGGGGACUCCGACAAGGCGUCCGACGGCAGUAGCUGGUUCACUUGCCUAAAGUGGCUCGCCAAUUACGGAUACGACGGAAAGUCAAAAGACGCCACGCCAGUCCUGCCCCGCGGGUUCAAGAAUAUCCUGGUGAAGGACAACACCAAGCGCUUCGCCGCGCGCAAAUGUCUCGACGGGUUCACGGCCAAGGAUUACAUCAUGACGCAGCCCGGAAAGGGGAGGGCCACGGCUUGAGCUUAAACAGUACUGCGCCCAGUCACAGGCAGGAGUAGUCAGCCUUGCAAAUCAAAACACAAAUGGGGAGAGUUUUCAUGCAACGGACCACGGAGGGAUGACGCCCCGAGGACAGGGGCAAUCUGGUGCAGGCCUGAUCUGGCGGGAGAGGACACUGGUGACUGGGUAAACGUAGGUAGGUAAGCAUAGGAAGUUAGGGAUCGCUAGCGCGACUUAUCAUCAGUGCGGGCGCCAUUGUAGGUACUUAGUCUGGAUCUAUUGACAGG